AUGCCAUUGACAAUCCACCACCUCGGCCGCUCCCAAUCCGAGCGCAUCGUCUGGCUCGCCGAAGAGCUCGGGAUCAAAUACGACUACGUUUUCCACAAGCGCGAUCCCAUCUUCUCCCCGCAAUCAAUCAAAGACCUCCACCCUUCCGGCACGGCCCCAGUGAUCGAAGACGACAGCUCGCCAUUCACAAAGAACAAAGUCGUGCUGGCCGAAUCAGGCGCUAUAAUUGACUACAUUAUCGCCGCGUACGGCGAGGGUCGGUUGGGCCGCACACCCAAGGACGGCGAGGAAUACGUCCAGUUCCUGGAAUGGUACCACUGGGCCAAUGCCUCGUUCCAGCCGGCUCUGUUCCGCGUGCUGAUGACUCGGCGCUUGAGUAAUGACCCUGAGGCUGUGCAUGUCAAGAUGGGUAAUGCCAAGUUUGAGCGUGCGCUUUCGAUGGUUGAGACGCGGCUCGGAGAAACUGGGGCUUAUUUGGCUGGGGAUGACAUCACCGCUGCUGAUAUCAUGGCUGUUUGCACUUUGACUACUAUGCGUGGCUUCUGUCCUAUUGAGUUCGACGUUGAGAAGCAUAAGCAUAUUCUGGCUUAUCUGAAGCGUAUCGGUGAGCGUCCCGCUUAUCAGAAGGCUAUGAGGAUUUGUGAGGGUGACGAUUUCGUGCCUAUUCUUGGCCCGAAGCCGCAGCAGUUUACCUUCCCCUACUGA